AUGAAUGCAAACAAGCCAUCAAGGGAAGAAUCCAUAUUCUUAGCAAAGGCAGCACAAGCUGCAGAGAGAUACAAGGAAAUGGUGGACUUCAUGAAGACUCUAGUCCUUUCGAUCACCCCGGCUGCCGAGCUUACGGAGGAAGAAAGAAAUCUUGUAUCGUCAGCUUACAAGAACAUGAUCGGUCCUCUUCGCACGGGGUGGUGCAUUGUUUCGGCAAUCGAGAAGAAGGAAAAUGACGGCGAAGACGAGAAGCGCGCCGCCAUUGUCAGGGCAUAUAAGUUGGACCUGGAGUCCAAGAUGUCAUGUGUGUGCAAUGAUAUUCUUGGACUCCUAGAGUCCAACCUGCUGCCCUCGGCCGCGGUCAGCGACUCUAAGGUUUUUUAUUUGAAGAUGAAAGGUGAUUAUAUUAGAUACUUGUUGAAGUUUGCGGUUGGCGAUGAUAGAAAGAGAUCUGCUGAUGCGGCCAUGGAGGCUUAUACGGCGGCUCAGGAUAUUGCUGUAGUGGAUCUUGCGCCUUCUAGUCCAAUAAGAUUAGGUCUCAUUCUCAACUUCUCAGUGUUCUGCCAUGAAAUCCUCAAUGAGCCUGAUAAAGCUUGUGACAUGGCUAAACAGGGUAUUGAAGAAGCAAUUGCAGAAAUAAAAACAUUAGCAGAGCCGCCAAACAAAGACACCACUCUUAUAAUUCAACUCCUAAGAGAUAAUCUCUCCAGUUGGACCACUGAGGACAAAAUUGAAGAUCUCAUCGCCAAUUUUCUGAAAUAAUCAUAUAUGGGUCUACAUAUGAAAAUUUAUAUUCAUGGUCUCUUUGUAUGUGUUGUCCGGAAAGAGGAG